UAGGGUUUCUAGGGUUUAAGGUCUAGGUUGAGACUAGGGUUUCUGAAUAACAGAGCAACAAUGACGAUCUCGAGAGUUUUCCAAUUGAAGCCACUGCCACUGACGUUGAAUUCGAAACAGAGGCUCUCAAUUUCAUCACCGUCUCUCCUCCAAAUUCCAAUUCGGCGGUGUUCCUCAAGAAUCAGCACAAAACCUGGUCAGCUGCUGGUUAGUUCAUCAAAUCCUGUUUCUCAUAUUAUUCGCCAUGCGAAGGAUAUGGUAAAGAAACGUGUCGUGUUUGUGAAUUUCGCUGUGAUGGAACUAUUCCUUGCACUUUUAGCAACUCAAAAACCAGCACCUCAACCUCUACCACCGGGUUUAUCCCAAGCCUCCUCCUUAGCGUUGGCGAGCCAUUACGAGAGGCUGGAGCUUUCAAAAACUUGUUUUCGGGCGGCGUUUCUCAUCAUUGUUGGUAUAGCUUCUCUAGCAGAUAAAUCAGAAUCGAAUGACAGGGAAGAUAAGAGGACAAGGCUUCAGAUUGGAUUGCGUGGUGCGAAGGAUAUGGUAAAACAAAAUCAAACUAAGCCACCAACUGUUUGGAUUGUGGAAUGCAUUGUCGUGGCACUACUUCUUGGCGCUAUAGCACCACGGGGUAAUAUUAUAGCACAGCCUUUAUCCCAAACCUCCUCCUCAAUGUGGUCUCAGUUGGACAGCCAAUCCAAGAGGGUGGAGCUUGCAAAUUAUGGGUUUCAGGCGGUGGUUCUCAUCAUGCUUGGUAAAAUUCAUCUACAAGAUUAUUUAAAAUCGAAUGGCAGGGAAGAUAAGAGGACUAGCGUGGUGAAGCUUCAGAUUGGAUUGCGCGGUGCCUUGCAGUCUCUUCGGCAGGAUCUUGACAUCAUUCGCAGCUCCAACAAUGAUUCGAUUUUCAAAAUAAGAGGUAAAGCUUCUGAACGCAUAAUGCAACUUUUUUCUAAAACAUAGGUUCUAUACUCUUUGCAAUUUCUCAAGAGCAUAGUAGCCAUAAAUUUGUAAUCUUAGGGCAGGGUACGUGUAUAGAAAUGCCUCUUGCAUGUUUUUCUAGAGGCAAUUAGAAAAUGUGGCAUGAAGAGAGUAAUUGAUAUUAAGAGAAGAAAACUCGGGAGAGUUUGAGGAUGAAGAGAGUAAUAGUUUUUUAGUAGAUUCUUUCUUCUAUCCAUAAUUAUCAAGAUAUCUCUUUAUUUGAAUGAGUAAGCCAAGUAACUAUUGGACUCUUUAUGCACAAAAAUCACGACGCGAGUUUCCAAAACUUAAUAUGUAUGUUGCAACAUCUGCCGCCACUAUGCGUAUGUACAGCUUCUUGAUAUGCUAAAUUAUGCUACUUCUGCUUCUAGCUCGCUUUCAA